AUGGGUUACAGUACUAAUCUCCUCAAGCUUACAACCAUUCUCUCCCUUGUCCUAUCUUUGCAAUAUCAAACAGCCUUCUCAAAUGACAUUGAAGACGACGAAGAAUACGUAGUAGACUCCCCAUUGUCCAAUCUCAGAUCGAGAAGCCGGUUCUUAGCAAGUGUAAUAAAGAAAGGUACAGAUUGUAAUCCCAUUACUAACAAUGUAUGUAAUGGGGUAUCGGCAAACAAAGGGAAGAGCCUUCUCUAUUGCUGCAAGAAACAUUGCCGUAAUGUUCUUUCAGAUAAGAACAACUGUGGAGCAUGUGGGAAAAAGUGCCAAGAAGGACAGCAUUGCUGCAAUGGAAGAUGUACUAACACUUUUUACAAUGUGAAUCACUGUGGAAAGUGUAACAAGAAGUGUAAGAAUGGUGUCAAAUGUGAGUAUGGAUAUUGUGGGUAUGCCUGA